AAAAGUUUCGGUUCCUAAAUUUUUCUUCAAACAACAGUUUAUACUCGAAAUACGUGUUUUUGAUUGUAUUUUAGAAGUGUUUAUAAAUUUUACUUAUAUUUGUUUCUUAGCUGCUGAUUAUCUUGUGUUAGUUGUUUGUUUGUUUGUUUUUGUUCCUCUUUCCCAUGGGAAGUUGUCAUUGUUUACUAUGAGUCCGUGCCUCCUGUUGAAGAAAGAUUUCCCUUAACAUAUAAGUCAGCCGAAGGGGUAUCUAGAAAUGUGGAGACCGAGCCAAUCUUAUUUCUUGCGAAAGAAAGCUAAUGGAAUUAUGUCAUUUGUUACGGUUGACCACAAAUGAGAAAACGAGAUGUAUGGGUUUUGAGUCCGAGAAUUUUUAUCAUUUGAAUAUAAAAUAAAGAAGCAUGCAAUUUAGAAAAAAAUGUAUCCUUGUGGAAAUUUCUGACGAAAGCAUGUUCUUAUAGCAAUAGUAAACGAGUGCUUGUCGCUUCGGUUAUCAGAGACUUGGAAAUGUGGCAUCAAUAGGGUUUGAUUGGUUUGAAGAAGGAGGGGUUUGACGAGUCAAUCACGACCGGUGAGGUCAUACUACUCCUCAUGGUAGCGCGAGGCGUAACCCCUCAUAGUCCUUUUUCUCUGGUCUCGACCAGGUCACUAAAACAAACUUUUCCUCGAGGUAACGUUAGGACUUGAAGGACCUGGCCUCUAAUAAGAAGUUCAAAUUCUCCCCAUAUACGUAGAGAAGGCUGUUGGAGGAUUUCAGUCAAAGUCCUGCAAUAAAAGGUAAACAAAAAAGUAACAGCCACGAAUGAGGAUUAAGAACGCCAUUGAUUCCCUAGAUGUAAUUUUAACCCCCAUCGCAUAAAAAGUAUUACACAAUUAAGAAAUUUUUCGAAAUAGCGCAAUUUAACGUGACAUCUUUCUUUCACCACCUUCUUUACGACUAAUUUUAGAGGUUUAUCUACUUUGUGUAUUAUCGCUUGUUUACGCUCGAUUUCAUUUAUGCUUUUAAACUUUUAUGGUUUAUUUUUUAAUUGAAAGCAUGUUAUCCUCAUUUUCGCCUGUGAGAUGUCGUCUCUACCGCUUGCUUUAGACCCUGCUGCCUUUUCCUCCACUUUGCCCGAUCAACUCGAGGCUGAUGAAGCCUUUGCUCGUUCUCUGCAAGACGAAUUGAACCGACCUUCUUCUCCCCCUCUCCCAAAUAUUUCAUAUUCUACCUCCUCUCAACCAAUUCAAACAAAUGAACAAUCUCUGAGGCACUCACCAAACCCUCCUCGUUUUACCUCUCCCUCUUCUGUUUCAUCUGCUUUCGUUUCUCCUUCUCGUUCAGCUGGCUCCUCUUCUUCAGCUUCCCUAAAAAGGCGUUCUCCUCACGAAUCUUCCCUCCGGCGCUGGCGCCAACAACGUCUUUGGUCUUUUAGGAAUCUUCCGUUUUCCCCCCCUUCUCGGGUUUCCAACCCUUCUGCGUCUUCUUCUACCGUUCCUCUUUCUACCCUUCCAGCAUCUUCCUCUUCUGGUUCUCAAGGAAAUCCAAUCGACCUCGAUGGAGAGUCGCCGCCUUCAUCUCCUCCAUCUAAAAAAUUUCCUUUGGGCCCUUUCAUUACUGCAAAGGCUCUUAGUCACCAGUCAAACUCCAUUCCAUCUCCUCCUCCACCUCCGCCUCUUUCUCCUUCUUAUGAAAGAGUUGCAGUCCCAAAGCAUGUCUCUGAUGAACUUCACAACCUCUUAGAAGAUUGUUUUACAUCCAAUCUUGAGAAUCUUGAUGCCAACCAAGCCCAAGAACACCUUUCGAAAGCUGGCCUUCUUGUAUCCCUUCUUACUCAUCAGGUUGAAGGACACAAUUGGAUGGAGUCCAUGGAACAAAGUCCAAAACAUGGCGGCUUAUUAGCUGAUGACAUGGGGCUUGGCAAAACCGUUCAAACCAUUGCCUUGCUCCUUACUCGCCGUUCUGUCGAUAUGAGCCGUAAAACCACAUUAAUUGUCGUCCCAUUGGCUCUUUUAAGCCAGUGGGCGAAUGAACUCUCACUCAAAGUCCAUCAUUCCAAGCAUUUAUCCAUCUACAUUCACCAUGGAGGUUCCAAAAGAAGUUACACUAGUGAACAACUUGCUCAUUUCGACGUUGUUCUCACCACUUAUAGCACCUUAUCUCAAGAAAUGCGACAAAAAGAGCUUUUCAUCCACCACUCUCGUAGUGGUCGACUUGCCCCUCCUGCUUCUACGCCUUUUCUAGAUACCCCAUGGUUUCGAGUUAUCUUAGAUGAAGCACACACAAUUCGCAAUCGGAAUACCCAGGCUGCCAAUGCUUGCUUUCAACUAGAAUCUAUUUAUCGGUGGUGCUUAACCGGUACUCCUUUACAGAAUAACGUCGAUGAGUUAUUUAGUUUGAUUAAAUUCUUGAGAGUUAAACCUUAUUGCGUUUGGAGUAUGUUUGUCAAAGAUUUUUCUCGUCCCCUCAAAUCCUAUAGGGAAGAUAUUGUGCAUGCUGCUAUGCAACGCUUGCGCGCCCUGUUGGGUGCCGUCGUCCUCCGAAGAACAAAAAAUACUCAAAUUAAUGAUAAACGAAUUAUAGAGCUUCCUAACAAACACGUUCAAGUUGUUCCCAUAUCAUUUACUUCUCAAGAACGUAGUACUUAUGCGGAGCAAAUGAAUCAAGCGCAAUCUCUAUUAGCCAACUACGUCUUGGAUCGCUCUUCUACGUAUGGAAACGUUUUAGUCUCCUUGCUUCGGUUGCGACAAUUAUGCUGUCAUCCUUGGCUUUUAAAACUUAAGGCGCCUGCCUCUGUUUUAAGAGUUUGUGAUUCUGACUUCUCGCGAGAGUUAUGUAAAAAAUUUGAACCUUCUGUGAUCGAACGGAUUAAUGGAAUUGAAGAUUUUAUUUGCAGUGUUUGUCUUGAUUCUACCUUGUGUCCUGUGUUUAUUAUUCCUUGUGGGCAUUAUACCUGUCAGGAAUGUAUGGAAAUGCUUUUGGAACACCCGACAAACCAAAGUCAACCUGAUUGUAAGUGUCCCAUGUGUAGAGGGUCUAUUCGAAAGGAUCAUUUAAUUUCGGAUGAUACGAUUCUGGCAGUUUUCGGAAGCUUGAAAUCAAUUUGUCAGCUUCGCUCUCUUCGAAAACACAAUGAAGCAACAGCAAAGGAAUUUGAAGCAAAAAAUGAUAUAGAUCAAGUUCUCGUAUGGCGUAAUCGAUAUGAACAAGACUUUCUCAAGAAAUUUGGGAAGAGGUUGAGUGAAUGUACUCCUUCAUCGAAAAUGUUAAAGUUACUAGAGAUCAUUAAAAGUGUUAUUGCCAAGGGGACUCAAGAAAAAAUUCUAGUAUACUCUCAGUUUUCUCAAUAUUUAGACAUCGUUUCUCACAUGCUGCGGACGGAGCAUGUUAGCCAUGUUCGAUAUGAUGGAAGUAUGUCAUCCAUACAAAGGGAUCAUUCUAUUCAAAAAUUUACUCAUGAUCUGAACAUUACUGUAAUGUUAAUAUCUUUAAAAUGUGGUAGUAUUGGAUUAAAUCUAACAGCUGCUAAUCAUGUGAUUUUGCAAGAUCCCUUUUACAAUCCCAGUCUAGAGGAUCAAGCGAUUGAUCGAGUUUAUAGAAUAGGUCAACGCAAACCGGUUACGAUAUAUCGCUUGAUCACAGAGAAUACGGUUGAAGAAAGGAUUGUUGCAGUGCAAGAAAAAAAGCGUGAUUUAAUCCAGAAGACAAUGGGAAGUGAAAAGAUACAGUCACUUUCCAGUCUAGACAAGAAAGAAUUAAUGUACUUAUUUGGGCUUUAGAUGCGGGUCAACAUAGUGAAUAAUAAUAAUAUAAUUUAUCCUUAAUCUAUAUGGCAAAUGAGGAGACUAUGUUCCCAUAUGUUUGGAAAGCAAUAGGCUCUGC